AUGUUAUUGAGCUCCUCGAUACCGGUGAAUCUCCAUUCGACUCUUUCGGAUCCUUCCUUCUCGGAUCUUGCAGAAGAACAACGGCCUCAACCGCAAUCGCGCGAAUUCAAGGACGUCAAGAGUAAACAGCCGGCUCGCACCGAAUCACCAGUAUAUCCAACUUGCAACGAAGGAAGACGGGCAAACCCGAAUCCUGGUGGUCUUCCGACAAGACAAGUCUCGCAAUCAACGAGGCGCUGGAAGACCAAGUCUGCUCCUCUAGAGGGUUUAGUCUUGCCUGCUGUCCAUCAAGACUGGGUCGGUGCAAGGGAGCAGCGAUGGAAAGGAAAAGAGCGAGUCGUUGAGAAGAGGAGAAGCGCACCGAUACGGAAGUCAAAACCUAUGUUUGAAGUGGACGAGUUGCGUGAAAAAGAUUGGGGAGAGUCAGCAUCAUUCCCAAGGAGGAGAUCAAAUGCAUCAUCACCCCGGUUACCAACUUUCAUAUACGACAACCUGGAGGAAGGCCCAUCCACAUCAGUGCUUCCUUUGUCGGCGUGGAGGCCCGAAGAACGGAUGGCUUCCAUACCCGAAGAUGCUCCCGAAGAUGUCAAGCCACUGCGCAAGCCUUCAAAGAAAGUCUCGUUUUCUAAAGACCCUGAAAUCAUUACUCCUGCACCCAAUGACUCGAUUAUCGCGGGUAGUGCGCCUCUGCGCCGCCAGUCCGAGUGGACUGGACCCUUCCUCAUCAGCACACCGUCGCCGGUCGCACAUCCCAUCGCCACGCGACGGACCUCCUUACCGUCGAUACGAGGUCAAGCAGCUGGACCAUCGAUCCUGAGAAGGGCAAGUUCGUUCACGGGAGAAGCUUUGCCUCAAAAGCGAGGAAACGUAGUCAAGGUGAACCUGGAAUCGAUUGUGGAACCACAGUCAGUGCCACGACGGAAGCCUGUUGGAAUGUUACCCACGCUAGCACCUCCUUCAGCUGUUGACCCCGCCAAACCGCAGCUAAAGCGACAAAUUUCCAUGCCCUCAGUUUGGCACCAGGCUUCUGGGUCAUCCAUCUUGAGGCGAACGAGCUCGUUUGAUCGUAUUGGCAACGGGUCGCGGCAGAAAGGCUUAGGUAUGGAAAGGGUGAAGUCGGCCCCAACCGUCGGGCUUCAAUCUAUACCACGAUGCAAACCAAUUCAAACAGUUGUCUCUCUACCUCCUACAUCACCUCUUGUCAACUCCGCGGCUUCGUCGUCGCCUUCUAGCAUGAUGCAAGGGCAACCAGAAAAGCUAAAAGAAGAGAAAGCGCAAGACGCAGAACAAAUCCAUAAGCAGACCAUCAAUAUACCCCUUAAACCAAAGCGACCGGCGCCCACUCUUUCUCCUGAGCAGCGCGCUAUACGGCAUUGGAGUAUGCAUGGUGUUGGUCACUGGGUGCGGAGGAGUGGAGCGUUCAUGAGAGGAAGCAUGAUUUCUGAUAGCGUGCCACUUGUGCCUUCCUUUCCAGCUGAAAUGGAAAAGUUGGAGUUCCAGGCAGGCGCAGGAAACCAGCCAUGGGCGGUCGAGAAAAUAGGCCAAGAUAGGAUUAGAGAAGUUGUAAAUAUUCACCCUUUAAUAGAACGGAGUCUCGUUCCGAAUCCUCCAUUCACCUAUAAUGGUAAGCCCGCAACAUCCGGAACUUUUCACUGA